AAUUCUUAAAGCCUUGAUAAAUGGGGAAGAAUGUGAUGUUUUAAAUGUUUAUUGCCCUCCAGCUCAUCCCCUUAAAUUUUUGGCAGACACUUUUUCUAAUCUGUUAAGUCUCAAGUCCAGGCACAUCAUCAUAGGGGGAGAUUUUAACUGUCUCAUGGAUCCCACAGUAGACAAGUUGCCCAAAGAUCCUUCAAUAUCCUCUGUACAAACUAAACAGUUAGUGGGACUGUGUGGGGAGCUAGGGUUGGUGGACGUCUGGAGGCAUCUCCACCCUACAAGUAGGAAUUUUAUGUUUUUCUCCAAUCCACACGGAUGUCACAUGAGGAUUGAUUUUCUUCUGAGCCCUUUGGUAACCCUGGAUCUUGUAUGUUUGGUAAUAUUACCAUCUCUGAUCAUGCUCCAGUGUACCUUAUGUUUAAGAUUAAGGACAUUACAAUGGGUUUGAGGUACUGGUGAAUGGAUCCCUUUAUCUUCAAGGAUAAUAAGUUUGUGGAGUAUUUCUCUCGGGAAUUUCGGGCAUUCUUAGACAUCAACAUAGGCUUGGUUGAUAGCUCAUCCAUUCUCUGCGAAACUGCCAAAGCUUAUGCCAUAGGGUUAGUUGUUUCAUAUUCCGCCAGUAGGAAGUGGCAGAGGAAUGAGCAGCAACGUCUCCUUGAAGCACGGUUGAAGGCAGCCAAGAUUACGGCACUGCGGCCUGCAUUAAAUUCCGUGCAAAUUGAUGUGUAAUUCCAAAUUUAUAGCCCUCCCUUUUAGGCCAACCACAAAGUCAGGCAAUUUCUCAUAUUGCUCGCAGUGAUCAAUAGCAAAGAAUUACAGAUGCGUGAAAUCAGAAACAAAACCAGAAAUUGCUGUAAAAAACUACUGAGCAGGGCUGGCAGCAUCUGUGAAGAGAAAGCAGAGUUAAGUGACUCUUCAGAACUCUCGGAAAGUGGACAUGUUGCUGAAGGGCACUGUGCUACAUCGAUGUCACACCUGCACCAAGUAUCUGCAGCAUACACAGCAAAAAUACUGAAUGCACUUUAACAAAAUAUUAUGUCUUAAAGUCUAAGGGGAGGAGUCUUUAGUUAAUUCUCAGAGGCUGUUUUCAGCUGGAGGAUACCAGUAAGUAAACAUCCCUGUCAGCAAAUUAGCAAAGCUGUCUCUUAGCAGCCAUAUCUGAGGUAAUAUUUCCCACAAUGCAACUGUUAAGGGCAGUUCCUGGCUGACCUGGUGUGCACCUGAGAUUUAAAUACAGCUCCAGCAGUAGUGAGUAAUUCUGUAGCUAGUGAACACAAGACAGCAUGAGAGCAGUGGCAUAGAGGAAUGGUGCAUACAUAAUAUGGUAAGCAGCAGAGCAUUACAUCAGACAACUCAUAGGGCUCACAGAAAGAAAUCCUCUGGGACACUCCCAAAAUUGAUUUGAAGUCAAGUUUUGGUAAAAUUCUUCCAAUUGUCUUUAUAUCUACAUUAGACUAAUUUUACAACAUAAUAGAUAAAGCAUAUUUAUCGUAUCGAAUACUUCUAUGACUUUUGACAGAUUGAUCAGACCUACAAAAGUGAGUUCACUUCUUUCUUUCAGAUAGAUUCUUCAGUCAGAACACUGCUCGCCAGUGGUCUCUUUGGAAGUAGGACUUUUAAUCUCAAGAAAUUUCAAGGCCCUCCCUCUCCACUUCUAAAUAGGGCCUUGUCACCCUUUGAUUGACCUAGCAUGUUCUUUUAAUUUAUCUUAAUUAUUUAUGGUUUUUGUGCAUAAUGAAUCUUGAUAAUAUAAUUGUUCAACGUGUUUCCUGAAUUAAUUUUAAAUACAUGUCCUUACUUAAUUUGUACAACACCUUUUUUCAGUUAUUUUGUUAUGAGCUGAUUUAAACACAAUCUUUGCUUCAGUUUGUGUACAUGUCCCAACGUUUGAUUUCUAACUCUUAAGUAAGUAAGAAGAUUUUAAGAGUUUAGAUUAAUCUUUCACAUAAAACAUUUUGUAGAGCAUAUAUAAUACAAACCUGCAUGAGUUUAAAGUCAGUUCUUAUAAUAGAACUAAUAAUUAUGGUUAAUUCCUGAAAACAUGAAUACCUAAAGCUUGAAAUUUAGUGAAUUGUCUGCCUUUACUGCUGAUGUCCAACAAAAUUGCCAUGGUUAUGGAAUUUAUAUUUUUAAUUACUCAAACAUUAUAAUUCUAUUAGUGGUGCAUGUAGUUUGUUAAACUUAGAAGAGCACUGUUUCAAAAUUGCAAUGCCCUGUGUUUUAUAAUCUAAUGAUUCUGAAAGGGCUAAUGUUUGAGACUAUGUUAAACUCCACCAAUCUGAGGAUGUCGCAUGGACUUAAGUGGGGAAAUGCUGAACAGCUUAUGAUCUCAUAGAUGGUGAUCUAUAUCCUAUAUAUUCUCAUGGUCUCAGGAACAAUGUCUUAACUAAUAUCCGAUUUCCAUAAUGCAAUAUGCACACGUUUAAGACAACAGCCUCUUCUUGUUAAGCCUCCUUGCUGGCAACAACUAUCCCAACCACAAGCAGGUAAUCAUUAGUAUUGGAGAACAUUCAACAUUAUUUAUAUCAUGUAUUUCUUCUAAAAGAUUACUUUUUUUAAUGAGUUCUAACCAAAGCUUUUCAAAUAUUUAUUAAUUCAACCAUUGUCUUCAAUUACAAUGAAUUGACUUUUCCUAUCUUAAAAUCAAUUAUUCUGAGCUAGCGUAAUUUAUUUCCAGUACAAUAAUAUUAAAAAGUACCUACUGUCAAGAAAUCAUGUUACUUUUAAAGUGCCUUCCUUUGGUCCUGUUAGCUAAUCCAGUAAAUUUUAAUCUGAGAAUGAUUGGUCUUCACUAAAAAAAAUCUUUUCAGCUACCUUGCAAAGUGUAAGCGGUACUGCCAUAAGAGGAACAGUCAAUGUAAUGUAAAAUGUAAAAGGAGGUGCCAAUGUAACAGAGGAAAGCUGCAAUCACUUCACCGGUUCCAAGAGGGGGAAGCACAGGACAUUACUUUUGUUUGUGUCUCCCUAGUAACCCUACAGCCUCACAGACCAGCUAGAACUGGGUUACCCAGUGCUGGUUAUAUUGUAUCUCAAUUGUACUCAAUCAGUUGUACAUAGUUGACUAAUAUUUUCCAUUUCUAGUUACACAGUUGCUGUUCUGUUUACAGUUUGUCUGAUUUUAUUUUGUGGCUUGUAUAAAGGUGCCUCCUGAGCUCUGUUGUUCAGAUUCAGGUUUCAUGUUUUGGUUACUGCUGUAAACAAAUGAGAUCUGUCGGAGCCUCUCUGUAAUACCAACUGCUACCAAACUUGAAUCUCACACUAACUGGACAAAAUUUCCAUAUUGUCUUCAGAAGCUGAUAGAUGUGCCGUAGAAUAAUGCAGGCUAUUAAAUCCUACAACUGUAUACGAUGUGGCAAUGACUUUGCCAGUCAAAUAGCAUUAAACCAUCACUUUCAAGCUAAACAUAUUGGAAGAGUAUACUGUGACAAGUGUGGAAUUGAAGUUCUCCGAGAAAAUCUGAAGGAACAUGAAGAGACAGUACAUGAUCAAGAUAAACAUAAAUUGGUGUGCAAGAAUCUGUACUGGGACAAACCCUUGCAACGAGAGGACAAAUUUGUUGCAUUAGAGAAGGCUGUGUCUUGUCGGAUGUGUGGCAGGGUGUUUGGGACCAUCCACAGCAGAGAGCAACAUGAGAGACAAGCACAUCAUUUUACAGCCAGCCAAAGAGCAAGAAUGUCAACAGCAUUCUCCCCAGACAGUGUGUUAGAUCUCACAAGCUCAGUGCUAUUACAAAACUUUAUGGAAACAUACCUUCAACCAGAAAUGGGAUUUGUGAGAAUGGCUUGUGCUGGAGAAAUAGAAGAAUGUAUUGAUUUAAUUCAAGAAUGCUGUCCCAUAUCUGUGACCCGAAUUAUCAAGGGUGGCUCUUAUUUCAAAGGUACAGACACCAGAGAUUGGUCUGAUAUUGAUAUUGUGAUGUUUAGCUCUGCACUUAUGAGCCUUGAUGACUGCAAGGAGAAGAUAGCGACAGUGUUACGUGAUCUGGAGUAUAAUUUGAAAUUAUCUUUAAUGACCAACAGGAUAUUAAUGGAAAAGAAGUCCUCACUCUCUCUUCGAUUUCAAUUCAAGUGUUUCAAGGAUCUACAUAUUCAUCACUUUGACGUUAUGCUUUGCUGUGAUUUAUUAGGACCUACACCAGCCCAAGAUGUUAAAAGGAACUUAUAUCGACAAUUAUUCAAUUGUGGGGAUGAUGUGAAAAUCCAGCUUUAUUCAAUCGCCUUGUUGCAGUAUCAGGUGGAUUUUGUGAAGACCUCUACUGUUGGUGUAAAGGAUCUGAUCCGCCUGGUUAAACAUUGGUUUAGGACGUCAUUCGCUAAGCCAACUGAGGCCAAUAGAUUCCGAAGGCUUCCUUCUUCCUAUACCAUGGAACUUAUCACCAUCCAUGUCUGGCAGCUGGCAGGAAAACCCAUAUUUUUCAGUCUUAUCCAGGGCCUCAGAGCAGUGCUCAAGUACCUGGUAAAUUGCACUGAUAUUUUCAUCAUCUGGUAUGAUCACUAUGAUAAAAACUUCCAUAUUGUGAAGAAAGCACUUCAGAAACAAAGCAGACCUUUUGUUUUGGAUCCAGCAAACCCCACUUUUAAUGUCUGUGAAAAUAGCAAUGCUUGGGAUGAAGUGACUCAUGUGGCCCGUCAAAGUCUUCUGAAGCCACUUCUCCGUGGUAUACAAGCAAAGGUUCCAUGGCUCUUCACCAAUAACUGGUGAUACUAGUUUCUUUUCAGCACAGCAAUCAGAGUACUCUCUAGGUAACACCAAAACGUGUUACAAAGAAUAUUUAUGCAAAAUUAUAUGUAAAUUGAAAUAAUGAAGUGUUUAACUUUCCGGUCAUGUUUGUGUACAAGUUAAAAGGGACCUUAGCUCCUGCCUUACACAAUAAGAUUGCAUUUUGGCUGCAGCUAUUUUAAUCUAGUAAAUUAUCUGACAAAUUAUGUCAAAAAGAGACAGGAACCAGAAAAUGUCCCUGACUUCAAAUCUGCGAUGUGUGCAAACAAAUAAUGUAAUGGGAUGUGUACCUUAUGCUGCAGAAAUUCAUAACAUUCUUUUAUUUUCAUUGAGGUAAAGCAUGAGUAAAUGGAACUUUAACUUCAAAAGUUGAAGAUGCAAAUUUUCUGUCCUGCUAAUUAUUGAGUGUCUGUAUUAAAAAUGAAGCAUUCUGGUGAAACGUACAAACCUUUGGAUUAAGAAUAGGAGUAGAAUAUGCAGCCCCUCAAAUUUGCUCUGCAUUUGUUAAGAUCAUGACUCCACUGUCCCCACACACUUUGUCUCCCUUGUCAAUCAAGAAUCUAUCCAACGCAACCUUAAAAAUAUUCAAUAACCUGAUCUCCAUAUUCUCUGGGGAGCAUUUAAAGUCUUUGACAGAUUUUAAUAUAAAAAUAAAUAAGGAUGUUAUUUGUAUUUUCAAUGGACCUGGUUGAUCAUUGCUUGCCAAAAGUAAUGAUUCUCAAACUAGAAUUGUGAAAAAGUGAAUCAGAUGUUUUGCUAAAUACAUUUGUAUAGGACUUUGCUGUGACCAUAUCUGGAAUACUGUUUUGGCCUCCAUAUGUAAGGAAGGUUGUACUCGGAUUUAAGGCACCACAGGACAGGUUCAGCAGAUUGGUUCCUGGCAUGGGAGAGCUGCCAAUGAUGAAAGGCUUAGCAAUUGGGCCCAUGUUUCCUAGAAUUUAGAAGAAUAAAUGUAUAAAAUGCCUCUGAAAUGUAUAAGAUUCUAAAGAAGCUUGACACAAAGAGGUUGUUUCCGUAGUUGAGGAAUCUAGUACAAAGGGCAGAAUCUCAGGAUAAGUCACCAAUCAUUUAGGACAAAGGUGAGGAGAUUCACUCAGAGUUAUGAAUCUUUACAAUUCUAAGCAAAAAGCCCUGUUCUAUGGAUUAUGCCCCAAAUUGUGGACAUUUAUGUGUUUUUCCCUUUCAAGAAUACACAAGACAGCUGUUAAAAGUCUGGUCUGCGUGUGCUAGUGGAUAAGGGUGUAUACUAUGGGGAUCCUGGUUAUCUUUGUGCAGCAAGUAAAAAGAAUGGAAUUCUCCUCUCUUUCUUUGUUCAAACCAGAAAGCAUUUGAAAGGACACAGAACAAGAGCUUUUCAGCUGAUCUAGAAAGGCAAGUUUCCCAAAAUCAACUGUUCUCUUACAAACCUGUACUGCUGGUAUCACCCAACAUAACAGCCACAACAUGCCACUGUUUACUCUACAGUGUUUACUGUUUACAAUCCUGGGACGAGAUAUCCCAACCUAAUCUAGUCUCAUUUGCCAGCACUUGGCCCAUAUCCCACUAAACCCUUCCUAUUCAUA